AUUAUUUUCUGAAGCGUGUACGUACAUAUACAUGUAGUAAAUAAAAAGAUGGGGGACUCCUUGGACAUGGAUCAAGACUUUCUGACCAUGUUCAGCUGUAUGGGCACGCAAGAUAAAGAUGUACUCGUCACAGAACUUCAGAGGGUUCUUGAGGUCUCCAGAAACGACUGUAUAUUCUUCCUAGAAAUGAAUAAUUGGAACCUUCAAGCAGCUGUAGGAGCAUAUUGUGAUUUCUGUGGUAAUGGUGGGCCCAGUGUACCCCUUCCGCAAGUGAGCCUAGUUGACGAGACCCCUGUGAGUGUAGUGUCAGCCAACGCUAACUUCACAAAGACAUGGAAACUGAAAAACAGUGGUCAUGAGUGGUGGCCGAUGGGAUUACACUUGACGCUGCAGUCUGGGUGUAUGUUCAGUGCUCCCUCGUCCCUUUCCCUGUCCCCGCUGAGACCAGGGGAGGAGAGAACCAUCUCUGUUGACCUACAAGCACCGUCUGUGCCCGGCAUGUAUCAGGCUCAGUGGAGAGUGUCGACUAGUAAUGGAGGACUCUGUGGAGAAUCGCUAUGGAUUAUUGUGGAGGUGCAGGACAGUAUGGUGAUGGGACUGGCUGAGCAGCUGUCUGGGAUCACCACCAGUGAUGGCGGGGACUUCAUGGAUAGAACAGAGGCCCACCUCACUCCCCCACUACCUUGUACCCCUCAUCCCAGCCCAUUGCAGCCAUGCACACCUCAUCCAAGCCCCUCCUCAAUGCACGGAGAGCUAUAUCAAACAGAUAGUGAACUCAGAACAGACUCAGAUCAAUAUUUUGGCAACUCAUGACCUUGAUCAUUGUAUUGUUUGUUUGUUUCAUUGUUAAUGAA